AGUAGAAUCAGAAUGAUCUGAUCCGGCUCUGGCCUUUCCGAGACAGUCGGGUGUCCGCCGAGCCUUUAGUAUGGUGGAUCGGAGGCCGCGCGUUCCGUCCCCUGCCCCCGUCGGCGACUUAUCAACCUCUCCUCAACUCGUACUAUCCGCGCCCAAACCUCAACGGCCAACCGACAUGUCCAUUUCAAGCUCCCCCGAAGCCAGCAUGGCCGGCCAUCCUUACAACCCGCCAGAUCUAGCACUGCCCGGCUACAUGCCCAACAAGACCUCGGUGCCGAUCCUCCUCGUGUGCUUCGCCGUUGGCGUGAGCUUUGUCUGCUCGACCACCUCCACGCUAGCACGAAUGGUCCAGCCCAGCAUCGGCAGGGGCAGGCUGUUGACGGCCGUGUGGUUCAUGCUCUGUGGCUGCAUCCACCUGUUCUUCGAAGGUUAUUUCGCGUAUCACAACGCCGCGAUACCGGGACGUGUCGACCUCUUCGGGCAGCUGUGGAAGGAGUACGCGAAGUCGGACACGCGCUACCUGACGCGCGACUCGUUCGUCGUGUGCAUGGAGACGGUCACGGCGGUUGCCUGGGGCCCGCUAUCCUUCCUCGUCGGCUGGCUCGUCGUCACCGACAGCCCCUUCCGCCACCCGCUGCAGAUCCUGGUCAGCCUGGGCCAGAUGUACGGCGAUGUGCUGUACUACGCGACCUUCUUCUUCGACGAGUCGGUCUAUGAUGCGGUCUACUGCCGGCCUGAGGCGGUGUAUUUCUGGGCGUACUUCGUCAUGAUGAAUGGGUUUUGGAUCGUCAUCCCCGGGUGGAUUAUCAUUGACAGUGUGAUCGAGACUGCUAAGGCGUUCCGCUUUGUGCAGAAAGGGGAGAAGGUUGCGAAGCAGGCAUGACCGGUACUUUUGUUGCUUGCUUGCCGCACGGUGCCGGCAGGGAGCAUUUCCACAGAGCGGGAUCAGGCCUUGUAAUUUAGGUAGAUAGUAUGUACACUGUUUUGGAUAAACGGGUGGAUUAGGGAAGGAGGAAUAAAAAAAGCUUCAGGAUC